AAAAUCAUUUUCCGUAUUUUUACCUUAUGAAAAUUUUUUUAUUAACCCUUUGAUGACACUGACAAGCACCCUAAACCUAAAAAUUCUUCGUAGAGUCUGUAAACUUUUAAUUUGGAGCAGAUAAUUAUUUUUUGUCAAGGGUUUUAUUCUUGAUAUUCCCUUUUAAAUCGGAAAAAUCAAUGUUAAUUUCUGAUCAACUAAAACAGACUAAAAAUAACAAAAAUCACAAUUGUUAGCACCUUUGAACGGCCAUCUUUCAAAAUUCUUAUUUAAUCCAUUUUAACACUUGAGGAUCCAGGUUUCUAACCUCAAAAGUUUGACCUUCAUUUUCUCUCAAAGAAAAUAUUUUUCCAAGUUUUCUUUCGAUUAUAUUGAAGUAUUGAAACAUUCUUAUACGAGAUAUAGAAUUUAUCACGAAAUGUUAAAUAGAUUUUAAUUCUGGGGCGAUUAAAAAAAUUCGAAUUGGCCACUUUGGUCAGUAAAAUCCUCCAAGGAAGGGUUAAUUAUACUAUUUAUCCAAAUUACAUAAAAGAAAAAGUAAAUUAUUUUAUUAUAAUCUCUCCUAAACGUUAUAAGAAACAAAAUUAAUUAAUUUUAACCUAUUUCCUUGAAAGCGAAUUUCUGAAAAUAGAAUAGCAUUCAAAAUGGCGUCGUAGCAAUAGCUCAAGUUAAAUUAAACCGCUUUUAACAAAUUCAGAUACCUAUACUAGAAUUUUUCAGGCUAAUAAAGCAAUUUUUUGCUAAACUAAAUACUGAAUUAGGACAAAAAACAAAAUAGUGACGUCAUUGUUCACAUUUUCGAGCAAAAUAUUUGCUGUCUUUUUCCCCGAUUAGAUCUCAGUGGACAAUAAGAAGUCUUUGGGGAUUUCUUAUUCUCAAUCUUUCAUUCCUCAAAUUAAAGGUUUUGCCAUGAAUCUACAGAUUUUCCCAAUAAAGAAACGAAUAAACUCCUUUUCAUAAUCAGCUAAAGAAUAAUUUAUGAGAAUAAAAAUCUUUUCUUCUACAGAAAAACCAAAAGACUCCACAAAAUCCUCAUCAGCAGCAACAUUGGUUGUGAAAAUUCAAACUGAAAGCAAUCGGGAAGGGAAACAGAAGAAAGACGUUAACCAAGAUCUUGGACAUCUUGGACCAUCUCAGAAAACCGCAAAGAGCAUCCAGGAAAAAGCUGAUCUCUUGGAUUACGUGAUGCGCGAAGAUGGGAGUGUUUUGUGCAAAAUUUGCGGAGAAAUUCUCUCAAGUCGUACCCACUGGUAUCGUCACAAGUACAAAAUUCACAGCCCCAUCAGUGCUCCAGGAAGUCAUCCCAGUGCACUCUUUCAGUGCGAGCAGUGCAGUGCGUUCUUUAAAUCGCGCAAAGGCUACAUUGGGCACCUGGCUAGUCGACACAGCAGCACACAGGAAAUUUCAGUAAGAAGUGUGAAGCAGGAGGAUGGUCCAGAGAAGAUCACGAGAGGAGAAAUCCUGAUGGAUUCCCUUGAUGAAUCAUCCUGGGAGGAGCAGAGGAAGCGCGAUGAGGAACUCGUGGCAGAAAUCAUAAAGCGUGUGAGGAGAGAAUGUGAAGCUCAGGGAGCUGCAAUUGGUCGUAGAGGCUACAACAGGCGAACAACCAUCAUGAAUUCAUCCUGAUGCACCAUCGUGGAGGACGGAAGGACCUUUCUUCUGAGGCAAUCUGAAUCAAAAUCACCGAGAAGCGAUAAGAAAUGAAAAGAAAAAUCAUUUAAAAAGAAUUUCCUCUUAUCCCCCAAAGAAAGACUUUAAAUGUGCCAAAGAUAUCCAGGAUCAUCCAACUAUAAUAUAUCAAUCUCCUCAAGAGUUAGUUCCUGAACUAAUUAGAAAAGUAAUGAAUUUGUAAAAUGUUUUUUUCCUGGGGUUUCAGUAAUUUUCUGCUCAACCAUGUUCAAAAGUUCUAAGAAACUUUUCCCACAAUUAAAGCCAAAUUUUUCAAAGAAAAUAAAUACAAAAAAAUGUGGAUGAAAUACUAGAAUUUAUCAAAUUAAUUAAUAAGGUGUUGUGAUAUUUGUGAAUUUAGCUGUAGAGAAAUAAAGAAAAGAAUUUGAAAAACAUUCCCUGAGGGCCCUGAGGGGCUAAUAAAGUCAGACAGGGUUAAGAAAUAGCGCAUAAACAAAUGAUUGAGUUAAAAGAUGUUUAAUCACAAUUGAGUCAAUCAAAUUGAUCAAUGAUUGCUCAAAAAUUGAUAAAUCAAUUGAGUAAAUCAGUCGAUUGAGCAAUUAUUGAGCAAAACUCGAUCAAUUUCAGCUCUAUUCUGAUUUAUCAAUAAUUGAUCCUCUAUGCGGACUUAUAUUGAGCUCAAUAUUCUAUUUUCAAUGUUCUAACAAAAAAAAAUGUAAAAAUAACUGAAAAUAUUAAAAAAUUACCUAAAAAUUCU